UAUUUAUUUUUUUCCCCCUGCUAAAUGCCUUCUCAGCAUGGCAGUCAGGAGCCGCAAACCACACUGGAAUUUACAGAGCGGCAGCGCUGCCGUUUGAUCUUCUUUAAUGGUACUGUCGAGACUGGCUGGAAAUCAGAUGCUAUCUCAGGCCUAUGCCAAGUUUGCUGGUGCUCCUCUUAAAGUUCACAAAAUCACCAACCCAUGGAGAAGCCCUACAGGUACUCUGCCUGCUCUGAAGACCAGGGAAGAAGGAAGCAUCUCCCAACCCAGUAAGAUCAUCAUUCAUCUCAGGAAACAGAAGUACAAUGCAGACUAUGACCUAUCAGCAAAGGAGGGCGCAGAUACGCUUGCCUUUGUCUCCCUACUGGAGGAGAAACUGCUACCUGCACUGAUCUACACACUGUGGAUAGACUCUAAAAACUAUGUGGAUGUUACACGGUGCUGGUAUGCAGAAAACAUCUCCUUCCCUUUCAACUUCCUGCUACCCAACCGCAUACAUGGCCAGCAGCUGGAGAAGUUGAGGCUUGUGAGGGGAGACCCAGUCCUGGAGGCUGGUGAACAGCUGGAGAAAGAGCUUUAUCGUGAUGCAUUUGAAUGUAUGACCCUGCUAUCGCAGAGACUGGGGUCACAGAAAUUCUUCUUCGGAGACUCUCCCUCAUCGCUGGACGCGUAUGUGUUUGCACACCUGGCUCCUCUGUUGAAGAUCAAACUGCCUAAUGGAAAACUCCAGCAGCACCUGAACUCUCUGAACAACCUGCAGCAGUACUGCACCAACAUCCUAGCACUCUACUUCCCCUCUGAUGCACGAGAGGCACCAGGUCAUAAGAUUCAUGCUCAGCCUGAUAGCAGCGGCAGCGACUUCGACAACGAACCCCACAAGCGGCGUAACCAGAUUCUGUCUGUUCUGUUUGCUGUGGGAGCCAUGCUGGGUUACGCCAUCCUCACCGGGAUCGUUACGAUCAAGCGUGAGCAGCCACAGCUGAAGAACUCCAGGCAUGAUGAUGAAGAUGAUGAUGAAGAUGAGGACUAAAGACAGAAGAGAACAUGGGAUGGGAGGCACAAGGGACAACAAGUGCACAUUAUCACUCACUUGCCGUUCAGAGUGAAGCUGCACACACUAUUACCUCAGUUCUUUAAAAUCUCCCACCAUGCACGUGUGCGCUAUAACGGAAUCGCUCACUUGAUGUAGCCUCAAGCGAGCCCAUAUUGGUGCUUUUAAUUAUUGUUAAUAUAAUUGUUACUAUAAUAGUUGUGAUAUGUAAUUUUGUCAGGUCUCGCACGGGCAGGAAUUUUGACUUGAUUUUUUUAGGUCAUUAAAAGACUUGUCACAGUUUUAAUGUUUUAUCUUCUGGUCAGCAUUCAAGUAAAAAAAAAACGCUCCAUCUGGGUAACAUUUAUCUUAAAUAUUAAAAAGACAAACACUGAUAUGAGAGAACUGGUCUGUGCUCCAUUUUGACAGUACUACUCAUCAUGGCCCUUAUGAAAAUUAACCAGUUUUAUUAUAGUAAAAGUGUAGUAGCAAUGUUUUUUUGCAGAUUGAUUACCAUUUGUAUAACCACAGUUUUACUACAAAUACAAUGGUUAAACUAUGGUUAGUGUAGCAAAACCAUGGUUAGUUUGUGGUUACCGUGGUUUAACUACAAAAACCAUGUUUUUUGGUUUUAUUUGUUGUAAAACCAAAGUUGAUUUUUGUAAGGGGAAACUUAGGAAUUAGGAACACAGAAGAAACGUUAACAGCUGCACCAUUAUGCUUUAACACUUUUAGACAAGCUGAAAAUAUUACAUUAAUUUGGUGCAGUGACCUGAUAUUCUGUCCUGCAGACUAAACAUGCUGUCAAGCUAUAUUAACGUUUCCAACGCAUUGCAGAAAUCACGCAGAGUAAACUUGUCGGACUUCUUAUCUUAAACCAACCAUCUAUGAGCUCUCUGACCACUCUAGACCCAAAGCUUUAUAAAUCAGCCAGAUUUUAAAGCUCUCCUGAGGACUGUGGAGGAGAACUUUAUUAUUUCAUGCCAAACGUUGCAGUUAAGUCAGAGUCUGUGGCCAUUAUACAGCUGUGCUUCUCCGUCCAGUCUCUCACUGGAAACCCAAGGCACACUGGGGUUAACCCUUUUGUUUCUCUGAGGCCAGACCUGACCGAUAUCUCACUGGCUUUCCACAAAACAACUUUACUGUCAGUCACUGUUAAAUCAUGACAGGAUUCCACAUUUAUUGCGCAAUGUUUGGUUUGGAACAUGCUGUUCAUUUUCUGUAUUUUGCUAGUCUAUAAAUAAAAAGAAAUCAACAUGA